AUGUCAAACCCUCGCGCAUUGCUCCAGUGCUCCCCCGCCCUGUCGACCGCCAGGAGCUGUGUGGGUGAGAGAGCGCACGUGCUCUCCAUAGCGACCGAGUACCGGCAGGAGGCCGUCAUCCUCGAGAGGUGUGCGCUGCUCCUCGGCUACGAGUUCCAGUUCUGCGGCCUCGGGGAGGAGUGGGUCGGCUGGGGCACGAAGCUCGUGCAGUACCGCCGCUCGCUGGAGAAGGGCCUGGGCAGCGGUUCGAUCGCGCCCGCCGACCCCGUGAUGCUGAUCGACGGCUGGGACUGCGCGCUUGUGGGCCCCGCUGACGAGUUCUGCGAGAAGAUGGCGUCUGAGGCCUCCAGGAUCGACGAGGUGGCGCCGGGGAGCGGCACCCCGUGGAGGUACCCCAACGCGGGCGCCGUGUGCGGCCGGGCCGGGCCGGUGCUCCAGCUCGUUGAAGAUCUGCUGGAAGGCUUAUGCUCACGUCGUUAUCUGGUCCAUGAUUUCCCGGACGGCAAUGACCAGGAUCGUGUGCACGAGCACCUGCUCGAGCACGGCGAGCGGGGCGCUCCGCUGCCCUUCCUGGUGGACGACAGGUGUGGCAUCUUUCAGUGUCUCUACGAAUCCGAGCCCCAGUGGGACAUCGAGGACUUGGAGGCACCUAUCCCUCGGCUGCGCAACAGGGUGACCGGCGAGCGGCCCCUCGUGCUGCACGGCAACGGCCACACCGGACGCUGGUUCUUGUCGGGCCUGUGGCGCGAGCUGGAAUUGCUGCGGCGCGUGGACCUGACGCCAGGCAUGCUGGCGCACCUCCCGUACGACGGGCCCGUCCCGCCCGGGACCGUGCCGGACGAAGCCACGGAGAGAAAUUGGGUGGCCACCUUCGAGCUCUACCGCAUCAUCGAGAAGCAGAUGGAGUACGCGAGGAAGGGCCUGGAGUGGGACCCGUGGAAGAUCGCCCGGGGGGAGAUGGCCCCUGGCGGUGAGCCCCGGCGGUCCUGA